GGGUGACAUUCAGCCGGCCAGUCGGGGCGACGGGCUUUCUGUCCUAGAACCAUAGAACCAUGGCCCAGUUUGUCCGUAACCUCGCGGAGAAGGCCCCGGCGCUGGUCAGCGCUGCUGUGACUUACUCGAAGCCUCGAUUGGCCACAUUUUGGCACUAUGCCAAGGUUGAGCUGGUUCCUCCAACCCCUGCUGAGAUCCCUACAGCUAUUCAGAGCUUGAAAAAAAUUAUCAGUAGUGCUCAAACUGGUAGCUUCAAACAGCUCACAGUUAAGGAAGCUCUACUGAAUGGUUUGGUGGCCACUGAGGUGUGGAUGUGGUUUUAUGUUGGCGAGAUCAUAGGCAAGCGUGGCAUCAUUGGCUAUAAUGUUUGAAGACCAAUCUUUGCUUUGUUAUUUGGGUGUUCUUGGACCAUGUGUGAGCAGACCGCUAUUUGAAU